UGUUAUCCUACUGUAGGUCCAGUCGACUUUGCCUUGCAAGGUUCUUGCAUUCAGCAUAUUCACGUGUGCUGGAGUCAUCUUUGGUUUGUUGACCGCCAUUGCCAUCGAUCGAUACAUCAAUAUCAUCAACCCUUUGAGGGCAAUUGUCAUGGAGGAACGCAGUCUYACAGCAUUAGCUGUCAUUUGGAUUGUUGCUAUAACAACUUCGACUCCAUUCCUCUUUAGCGUAACCAUGCGUACUGUAUCCAUGGAAUUUGUAUCGUCAGACGUACAUGGAGUAAUCACUGUGAAGAUGUCGAUACAUCAUGGAAGUGACACUAUAAGUUAUCGCACAACAAAUAUCACCAAUAAAAUACAGGCAAAACUGUUAAGAAAGACCGUUGAUUUGGGAAACGGAAGUGGCGUAAUGAGUUUAAACUCGACUGGCAGUGCUAAGUGCAUGUUACCGAUGCAGGUUUGUGAUAUACCAGACAACAUAAAAGGACAAGCAUCAUGUGUAGUGUUCUUCGUGUUGUCGUUCGUGGUUCCUUUGCUGGUGAUCUCAUUUGCGUACAUUAAGAUCGUCCAACGACUUUGGCUGAGGUGCCAAGCCACUGAUGAUCAAGGCACGGCUGCUAAGGCUACUCUUCGUGCAGUGCGUAUGCUUGUGUUGGUAGUUUUAGCGUUUUUAUUGACAGACGGACCAUGGACUGUAGGUUGUCUGGUAUAUUCCUUUCAACCUCGUGGCUUGAUGUCGCUACAAAGUCAUUUCACUGCUGUUGCCAUAGUAACCACACUGUUUUACGCAAGCGCAGUGAUCACUCCCACGAUUCACGCCAUCCACAGCUCGACCGUACAGAAAGAAAUCGUAGCCAUUGUAUGCUGUAGAUUUAGAGACAAGUCAUUUUCUUCAUCRACAUCUUCUUUACUGUCUACUAAAAGGUACAGCUCGAUUCACUUCGCUAAAAAACAUGACAAAUUGACACAAGGUUCAGAGAACGCUUGACUUUUUUAUAGUCUCACUUUCGAAAACUUGUUACACACYGUAAUACAUCGUGAAACGAUCAUAUUUAGCGUACUAUAGUAGGAAUCCAAAUUAGAAGUAUUCAUAAAAUAUAGUCGAAAUAGCUACUGAUUAAACUUGUCACCUUUUGUUAAUAAAAAAAGUUUCGUCAACAAAAUGUGUUUGUGCCAUUCUCAAGGGUGUUAAGGCCUGGGAUUUUAGGCAAUAUCAAAAAAUAUUAAAAACGUUAUAUUUUCACUAAUAUUUA